AUGAAUCAGAUUGAUGCUCAUAAAUUAACAAUUAUUCUUAGAGACGCUACAGAGAGAUUAACUUUUCUAGAUACUAUCAACAGAUAAGAUGAUCUAUCUUCAGAAUUAGCAGGUUAUGAAAUAUCCAAGUUGUUGAAAAAGCAGAAAAAUUUAGAAAAUUAAUACGCCGAUUUAGUUUAGCUUCGUACUUCAUUAACUGGCAUUUAAAAUAAAAAGAACCUCAUUGAAACUCAAACAAAGAUCGUAGAUGUUGCUCAAAAUUUAAAGGAAAGUACAAAAAAAUUGUGUAGACUGUUUAAAGAAAAUCCUGAUUUAGAAAGUGAUGCAUUAAAAGUUAAGAAAGAUAGAAUAUAAUUUAUGGCAGUUAUUGAAUAAUUAAUUUAAAUGGUUUAAAAUAAUUCUUUGACUAAGUUCUAAAGCAUGACCACUUUGGAAUUAGAAGAUCAAGAUAGGUUACGUAAGCUAAUUUUUAGAGAGAAAGAGCUUUACCAAGAGAUAAAAAAACUAUAGUUUGACCGUAAUCAAGAAAACAAAGAAUAUGAUAAUGAAUAGAAAGACACUAAUUUAAAAAUAUAAAAUUUGAAGGAAAGACUGCUGUAUAAAAAGGCUCGUGCUUAAUUAAAAAAUUAAUAUAAAGAAAAGGAGGCUAGAGCCGAAGAAGGAACUUAAUAACGCAUGUAUGAAUUUGAAUAAAAGCAAUUAAAGGAGAAGAUAAAUAAUCUUAAAUAGAAAACAGACACUGAAAAUAUGGUGCAUGAGUAAUUAAGAAACUUUUUGAUUGAAAAAGAAGAUUAAAUCAAGUAAAAGAGUGAUGAAUGGGCUAAAAAAGUUGAAACUUGCAGAGAACAAUUACAAGAAGAAAUUGAUAGACUCACUGUAGAGAAAGAAAAAAAAUAAGAAGAACUCAGGGAAUUAAGAGAAAGAGAUCAAAAAGAGCAAGAGGAAAAAGAUAGAAGAGAGAGGUAGGAAUUAGAAGAGGCAGAUCGCAAAUAGCAAGAAGAACUCGAUCAAAUUAGAUUAGAUAAUGCUAUUAAGCUCAUCCAAAUAGAGUAUCAAGAAUGGAAAGAUGCUGGUGGUGGAAAGAAAAAGAGAAAGAAAGGCAAAAAGAAAAAGAAAUGA